AUGUCCAUCAUCUGCAUCCCCCCGGUCCCCGCCCCGCGCUGGGACCAAAGGGAAAAGUCCGAGGCGUUGUCAGCUGAUAAUGGCCGAGGAGUGAUCCCAAUCACUCUGUUCGCAGCCCCUCACGUCACCCCCUCACAUCCCCCUUCCACCCUGGCCGACCCUGACAGACGGCCCAGUGGCAGAGACAGCGCUCAGGGACCAGGACUGGACUGGGCAGUCUGUUGUCAAGUGAGGAGAGUUUUCAUGUGGUGA